CAUAGUAUUCCACUCACAACCUAAAGAGAUAAGUGAGAGAUAUUUGCUCGAAAACCUUAAAAUCAACCAUGAAGAACACCAAGCUCGUGGCGAUCCUUGUCCUCCAGGCCAUCCUGGUCAUGGGAAUCCUCACACACGUGAAUGCCAACUACUUUCCCAAGUGUUGUGACAAAUGCAGGUCAUUCUCGGGGGUUGAUGUAUGUGAUGACGCGCAUCCUCAGUGCCCCAAGGACUGCUCCACAUGCCGCGUGGUGCAGACAGGCCGUGUCAAGAUGUUCCGGUGUGCCGACAUGCGCUCCACCAUCAAUGGCACAUGCGGCCCACGUUGCAAAAAGAACUAACCGGUUCAACUCAGGCCACAAGGCUUGUUCCGCCUAUAAUAAAAGCUCAUAUAAGAAGAGAAUUGUCAUCGUGUUUAUGCGUACAUGUGGCCUCACAAUGCACGCUGAGAAUGCAUGUACUAUUGCCGGUCAUCGUCGUUGUUAUUGUUUCUAUUUACCUCUUUGAGACUAAGAUGUUGUCCGCCGAUCAGGUGCUCGUUCUAUCCUCCGUGAAUAAAAUUAAUUGUGUGCCUCCGUUUAAAGAGCA